AUGAAGUCAAAUAUUAUUAAGCAAUUCCUAUUCUUAUUAUUAUUACCCAGCAAGCUUUGGGCGGCUAUCCACCCUAUUGAUGUAGUAGGGAAAUAUUUUGUCGAUUCUAUUACCAAGGAAAGGUUUUAUAUUAAGGGAGUGGACUAUCAGCCAGGUGGCUCAUCAGAAGAAUUGAGUAAAAGUGACCCACUUUCUGAUCCAGAAAAAUGUGCUCGUGACAUUGUAUUAUUUCAAGAGUUAGGUAUUAAUACUAUCCGUAUUUAUUCAAUAAAUCCAGAUUUAGAUCAUGAUAAAUGUAUGACCAUGUUAGCAGCAGCAGGUAUUUAUUUAUUGCUUGAUGUUAAUUCACCAGUACAGGGACAACAUUUGAAUAGGUAUGAACCUUGGAGUACAUAUACGAUGUCAUAUGUACAGCAUAUAUUUAAAGUAGUAGAAAAAUUUUCAUACUAUAACAACACUUUGGGUUUUUUUGCCGGAAAUGAAGUUGUUAAUGAUAUGAAGUCUGCACAAUUUUCACCAAAAUAUAUUAAAGUUAUCAUAGGUGAUUUGAAAAAAUAUAUUGAAAAACACAGCCCCAGAUCUAUUCCUGUCGGAUACAGUGCAGCUGAUGAUUUGAAUUACAGAGCAUCUUUAGCUAGUUAUUUGGAAUGUGCUGAAGAAAAGGGAGAUACUUACAAUAGCGUUGAUUUUUAUGGCGUCAAUUCUUAUCAAUGGUGCGGUACACAAACUAUGGAGAGCUCUGGCUAUGAUAAGUUAAUUAGAACUUACUCGAGUUACACUAAGCCUAUAAUAUUUUCUGAAUUUGGUUGUAAUCAAGUAUUGCCAAGACAAUUUGAUGAAGUUAAGGCAUUAUUUUCUAAACCGAUGACACCUACUUUUAGCGGUGGAUUGGUGUAUGAAUUUACCCAAGAAUCUAAUAAUUAUGGAUUAGUUUCCUUAGACUCAGAGGGAAAUGCACAUAUUUUGGGUGAUUUUGAAAAAUUAAAGAAUACAUACAAAGAAAUACCUCCUUUAAGAUCUAAAGAAAUGUCUAAAUUUAUUGUCGCGGAUGAAACACUUAAUGUCACGAGUAAACAAGCCUUUUUCAAUAAACACCAAUUACCAAUUUGUAAAAAUCGAUAUGAUAAUUUAAAUAUAGAAGGAACUGCCAUAAGAAGUGUUGCGUCACCAAUUAUUUUCAAAGGAAACCAUGGAUUAAGAGGAUAUUAUGUAACUUUAGAGGAUAAAGAUUUGCAAUGUGAAUAUGAAAUAUACGAUAUUAAUGGAAAAGCGAGAAGCAAAGAGUCAAAAAGAAUAAAGGUGGUGAAUGAUUUAAAAUCUGAAAAACAGGAAACAAUAGUAAGAUCAUCUGGCGUUGAGGCUGCUUCCCUAGAAAAUUCCUCUCCUAAGAGAAAUUUUGGGUCACAGAUUCUAAGACUAGGAAUGCUGUGUAUGUUAAUAUUUUUUUCAAUGAUGUUUUUAACUUAA